AUGGCUCAGCAGAGCCUAGCCGCCACUCCCUCUUCUCGUCAGGACAUUGUCAGCGCACUCCUCAGUGACUACUAUGGCAACUCCUUUGGAGACGAAAAAUCCCCUUCAGUGUACUCUCCCGAACCGCCGACAAGCCAGCUUCCUCCGCUUCCGCCACGAAAAGACAGUCUUGUCGCGCGUAAACCUGUGCCGGCUGCACAGCGGAUGGACGCAAAGUUCCAGCUGCGAGACGACCAAGACGCACCCGUGUCGCCGUCCAGCUCGGGCGAAGACUCACCAUCACGACCAAGGAAGCGCAUUGUGUCACGUAGCCUGUCGCGUGGCUCCAAACCAGCUUCUCUGAAGCUGACCAUCAGCAACGGAUCAACGGCGACAUUUCCCUCUGCACCAGAGCCCCAGGAGCAAUCUCAAUCUGUUCCUUCACCUGACUUUGCAGCGGGAAAUCACCCUCCGCCACCUCCUCCAAAGGCGGAAGAAAGGAACGCCAACAAAGAGGAGAUGGGUAGCAAAUUGUCAAAGCAGGCCAAAGAGCGUGCACGAAGCGACUCACUCUUAUCUUCAGGCAAGUCGAGACAAGCAUCACUUGUAAAGCGUAAGGAAGUCCCGCAAGCUAGCUCAAAGAGCUUCAAGAGCCUGGCUGAACUGGGAAAUGGACCACGAGGAAGAAAAGGCGCGCCGGCAGCUCCUACGUCGGCACCCAGAAAACAAAGUGUCGGUACCCCAGAAAGCAUGGCCAAGCCUAGCGAGGCUCAACGAGAAGAAGCUCCGCGCAAUAUGCAGGCCCAGUUCCCACCAACACCGGAUGAAGAGAAGGACGAUGCUGAAACUCUGGCACAACCAAAGAAGGCCUUUGGCUUGCCCACAAACCCUCGUGUCCACGCACUAGCAUCGCCCGUGCACAUGCACAGCGAUAGCAGCUCAGGGCUAAGUUCAUUGAAGGCAAUGAGGCCAGCUCCUCCGGCUCCUACCGUCGUCAAUGUCCACACCACGACACCGGAACCUACGCCCUCGCCCACGUUGAAGCCCGUCCUCGCGAAACGCGACGGUGAAAUAUCGCCCUUUUCGCCGCUGCCGCCGCCAAACAACCCAACGUCUUUGGUUGGUUACCACCACCAGCAGCAACGGGUGUCUGUGGAGCCUGAACCCCAGUCAAACCCGGUAGUAGUCCCGGUCGUAGCAGUAACCCAGCAAGAAGACUUGUCUUCAUCGCCCUCACCAUUGUCUGCGAACCCGGGUCUUCCGUAUGCUCCCACGCCUCCAAUCCAUGCCAACACGCCUCUACGCAUCACGUCGCUCGAGUUCCCUGCUUCCAAGGAUACGCGUCCCAUGAGCGCCCCGUCGCGUCCCGUAUCCAUGACUCUCAACGGCGCAAAUCUGUCUUUUACCCCGGGCCCUUCUGUCCUAACGACUCCGAUAGCAGAAGUAGAAGCCGUAGAAGCCGCAGCACCAGCACCAGUAGUGAACACCAACAAUGACACCACCACCACCACUACUACCACUACCAAAGAAGCCUCCCCCGCAGCACCCCAGCCAGAACACCACCAACCCCCCACUUCAGACGAAGCCGAAGACCAAUCCCCCUUCAUCCCAUUAACCCAACAAGCCAUUCCCCUCCCUCUAACCCUCAUCCCGCACAUCACCACAAAACACACAUCCUGCUACACCAACCACGCGCAAAACAUCUGGUCCAACAACCUGUUCCAGCCCCUCGGCUGCAUGGUAUGCCACGAAAACACCAAAGAGCGAAAGUGGUCCUGCACCUGGUGCCAGCUGCGCAUUUGCAGGCCGUGCAGCGACGAGUUGAGACGCGUGCCCGGGCGCGAUGUCGCCGUUUUGGUGCAGGCCAGGAGGGCCCUGGAGGAGAAAUUUGGGACUGGGAUUGCGAACACGGGGGAUGCGGGGAGAGGUGUGGCGGGGAUGCUGCAGAUGGAUGCUGCUGCUGCUGCUGCUGCGGGAGUUGUGCGUGAGGAGAUGAGAUGA